CGGUCUCUCCCCUCCGGUCAUACCUACCGUACCCCUACCUGUAACCCAGAUUCAUCCUUCUGUAGUCCGAACGGACUGUAUAUUCAAGACACUUUGUCCCGAUUAGCAACAUUAAGGCGGCAGACGAUUCGCGAACAUGGCAACAUACUUCUUCGCCUCGCCGGUAGACGUGGACGUCAAGCUGGAGGAUGAAGAUGCACGGAAGAAGGUCGACAUCAAGGGAGAGAAGGAGCGUAUAAUAUCGUGUCCGGUGUACUAUGAUGGAGAAUCUAUAGCAGGCCAGGUGACUGUACGUGUACGAGAUGGAAAGCGGAUGACCCAUGACGGUAUCAAAGUCGAGUUUGUGGGGAAUAUUGAGCUCUUCUACGACCGAGGACACCAUCAUGAAUUCCUGUCUUUAUCACAAGAACUCGCGGCGCCUGGGGAAAUGCGACAGGCACAGACUUUCGACUUUCUGUUUAAGAACGUGGAGAAGCAAUACGAGAGCUAUCAGGGUAUCAACGUUAAGCUGCGGUAUUUCAUCCGAGUGACAAUAUCACGAAGAAUGGCAGACGUGAACAAGGAGAAGGACCUCUGGGUGCACUCGUUCCGUAUGCCACCAGACAGCAAUAACUCGAUCAGAAUGGAGGUCGGCAUCGAGGACUGUCUACACAUCGAGUUCGAGUACAAUAAGUCCAAGUACCAUCUGAAAGAUGUCAUCGUGGGCAAGAUUUACUUCCUCCUCGUCCGCAUAAAGAUCAAACAUAUGGAACUGUCAAUCAUCCGACGCGAGACGACGGGUUCACCACCAAAUCAAUAUAACGAGAGCGAGACCAUCACCAAGUUCGAAAUCAUGGACGGUGCUCCUGUACGAGGAGAGACGAUCCCAAUUCGGUUGUUCCUGGGCGGGUUCGACCUAACGCCUACGUUCCGGGACGUGAACAAGAAAUUCAGCACGCGCUAUUACCUCAACCUCGUCCUCAUCGACGAGGAGAACCGGCGGUACUUCAAGCAACAGGAGAUCACCGUCUUCAGGAUACCAGAGAAUUGAUACGAUUCACCUUGCUAGCAAUGGAUUCUCUUGGAUACGACGUCUGUGCUUCGGACCGUACUGUACUUCUUCAUGCCUAUCUUAUUC